AGAAGGCUGGGUUCCCCUAGACUGAGUUAGACCAAUUGGGUCUAUUAGUAGCCUCACCCGUGAGGCCUCAUUUUCACAUCAUCCUCAGAAAGAGCUCUCGGCACCCUGGAUCCUUCCGUGGAUCCUCGAGGCAGCUCCACCGCGCAGCAGCGCGCGCACAGCUGCCUCAAGGAGCUGGGCAAGAUGGUAUUUGGAGUCCAGGACAUUGUCUUGUUAGAACACGGAUGCAAGGCCUUGGAGGUGGACAGUUACAAGUCCCUGAUGAUCCUGGGGAUCCCAGAGGACUGUAGCCACCAGGAAUUUGAAGACAUCAUACAGGGCCCCCUGAAACCACUAGGCAAGUUCGAAGUGGCUGGGAAGGUCUUUCUGGAGGAAGAUAAAUCCGAGGCAGCUAUCAUUAGGUUGGCAGAGGACCUCGAUUACGACGUGGUUCCCAGGGAGAUCAAGGGAAAGGGAGGUACGUGGAGAGUGGUCUACAUGCCCAAAUGGCAGGACAUCGAAUUCCUCAGCAAGCUCAAUUUGUUCCUGCGGGGAGAGGGCAGGACAGUGGAGGACGUGGCCUGCGUCCUCAGGCGGGAGCUGUGUCUCACCACAAUAGGUCCUGGAGAGCUGCCUUCCAGGAAGCGCUGCCUGUCUCCGCAGGGGGAGGAUGCAGACCAGGGGGCCACCGCCAAGGGGGAUGGGAUGCCCCCUCUUGAGGACCCAGAGAAAGAGAGCAAGGCUGAAGAGGGCAAGAAGGGCGAGAAGAAAAACAAGAAAAGUCGGCGCCGACAGCAGGCUUCUGAGACGCUGUGA